AAACCAGAAAACCAAAACCAGCCUCUCCACCAUUGUUACUAUAACGAAGCCGGCCAGCUAGCUAGCUGUGAGAAAUGGGAUCCAUUCAAGCAGAGCCAGUGGCUGUGCCUCAUGUUGUGUGCAUCCCAUUCCCAGCACAAGGCCAUGUGAACCCUUUCAUGAACUUGGCCAAGCUUCUCCAUACUAGAGGCUUCCACAUAACCAUGGUGUACACAGAGUUCAACCACGCCCGGUUACUCAAGUCCAGAGGACCCGAGGCGUUGAAGAACUCUCCCGGUUUCAGGUUUGAGACCAUUCCUGACGGUGUUCCACCUUCCAACCCUGAUGCCACUCAGAGUGUCACUGAGCUCUUGUACUACACCAAGAAGCACUCGGUGGUUCCGCUCCGGGACUUGAUUGUGAAGCUUAAUUCCAACCCGGAUUUGCCUCCAGUGAGUUGCAUUAUUUCCGAUGGGAUUAUGGCCUUCGGAAUCAAAGUUGCCCGAGAGCUUGGGAUUCCUGUGGUGCAGUUUUGGACUGCUUCCACUUGUGGUCUCGUCGCCUAUAUGCAGUUUGUAGAGCUUGUCAAAAGGGGAAUUUUCCCAUUAAAAGAUGAGAAAAAUGUAACCAACGGUUAUCUGGAAAGCACUACUCUAGAGUGGAUCCCGGGAAUGAGCCACAUGCGACUCAAAGACAUGCCCAACUUCGUCCGGUCCACUGAUCCGGAAGACAUCGCCUUCAACCGCUGGCUCGAAGAGGGCCAGGACAUCCUCACCGCCGAUGCCAUCAUCUUCAACACCUUCUACGACUUCGAGGCUGAAGUCCUAGACACCGUUGCCUCUGUGUUCCCCAAGAACAACAUCUACAACCUCGGCCCCCUCACCUCGCUCUGCAAGACCUUGCCGGCAAUCGAGGACGCCUCCACUCGUCCAAGCCUGUGGAAGGAGAACACCGAGUGCCUCACCUGGCUCGAUGCUCAAAAGCCCGACUCGGUCAUCUACAUCAACUUUGGCAGUAUCGCCGUCAUGACGGCUGAUGAUUUUGACGAGUUUGCAUGGGGUUUGGCAAACAGCGGUCACCCUUUUUUGUGGAUCGUACGGCCGGAUGUUGUGAAGGGGAAAACCUCGGCGACUUUGUCGGAUGAGUUUCUGGAGGCCACGAAAGAUCGUGGCCUGAUUGCUCGAUGGUGUCCCCAGGAGCAGGUGCUUGCGCAUCCUUCCGUAGGGACAUUUUUGACCCACAGCGGGUGGAAUUCCACGCUGGAGGGUAUAUCUGGCGGUGUCUCUAUGCUUUGCUGGCCGUUUUUUGCCGAGCAGCAGGUGAAUUGUAGGUACGCGUGUACGACAUGGGGGAUUGGUAUGGAGAUUAGUGCUAAUGUGAAGAGAGAGGAGCUGGAAGGUUUGGUGAGGGAGAUGAUGGAAGGGGAGAAAGGGAAGGCGAUGAGGAAGAAGGCUGUGGAGUGGAAGAAGAAAUCGGAGAUUGCUUGCGGUGUUAAUGGAGGGUCGUCUUAUGUUGAUUUGGAGCGAUUCGUUGAGUUCCUCUCGUUCAAGGGUUAAUUUCUGAUCGAGGUUCUGUAUGCAUGCAUGCAUGGUGAUGGAUGGUUUAUAAUUUGAUGUGUUGGCAAUAAUGUUUAGGGUUAAUUAAGGCAACUUAAUGUCCCUGCUCCAAUAUAUAUGACGGGAGUAAUGAAGCUUGUUGUUUGCCGGAAUCCUCAGUCAGGGUUUGAAUGAAGGGUGUAUAAAUUUAUGAAUUAUCUGUAAGAAAAUAAAAUUAAUACAGCUAUAAAAUAGUGAGAAAUUUGAUUAUUGUUU